GCGCCUCAUUCGACUUCGAGCUGCCGAGGAGCCAACAACUCAAGCCGACCCCGAGCUGCCGCCGCUUGGUAUUUGUCAUCCGGGGCCCGGUGAAGGAUUAGGCCUUGCCGCCGGCGGACUGUUCGCUUUGGGGUUGCCGUGUCUGUGGCCGUUGUCGGGAUUAGUAGCGGCCGGCGGGACGAGGCCCUCCCCCGGGAGGCGCGCUGUGCUGGAGCUGAGAUUUGGUUAUCGCAUUUCAGAAGAGGUCUAUGAACCAAAUAUUCCAAGGGCGUUGGGUUUCCAGAAGAUGAUAAAGAAAUGAUAGCUGCACCAGAAAUCCAAACAGACUUCAGUCUCCUCCAGCCUCUGGAUCCUUCCAUUCAUGACAUGGGCCCACUUUCCUGCAAUGCACCCCCCAGGGACCCAGAAACCCAUUUCUCAUCUGACACCGACUUUGAUGACAUUGAAAGUAAAGCUCCAAAACAAGGCAAAGGAAAGAAAGGAAAAAAAAAUGCCACAGAGAAGGGAAAAGGUUCUUUGAGACCUGGUGGCCCCAAUUGGAUGAAUGGUCAUCACCAACAAAAUGGAGUUGAGAACAUGAUGCUAUUUGAAGUGGUGAAGAUGGGCAAAAGUGCAAUGCAGUCUGUAGUGGAUGACUGGAUAGAAGCAUAUAAACACAACAGAGAUGUAGCACUUCUUGAUCUCAUAAACUUUUUCAUUCAGUGUUCUGGAUGCAAAGGUGUUGUCUCUGGAGAAAUGUUUCGUCACAUGCAAAAUUCUGAAAUAAUCCGAAGAAUGACUGAAGAAUUUGAUGAGGAUAGCGGAGAUUACCCUUUGACAAUGGCUGGUCCACAAUGGAAGAAAUUUAAAUACAGUUUUUGUGAGUUCAUUGGCGUUUUAGUGCGCCAGUGUCAAUACAGUAUCAUAUAUGAUGAGUACAUGAUGGACACUGUAAUCUCUCUCUUAACUGGACUUUCGGAUUCCCAAGUUCGAGCAUUUCGACAUACGAGUACAUUAGCAGCGAUGAAGCUAAUGACAGCCUUGGUUAAUGUUGCCCUGAACUUGAGUAUCAACAUGGACAAUACACAAAGGCAGUAUGAGGCAGAGAGAAACAAGAUGAUUGGGAAAAGAGCCAAUGACAGACUGGAACUUUUACUACAGAAGAGAAAGGAGUUGCAAGAAAACCAGGACGAGAUAGAGAACAUGAUGAAUGCAAUUUUCAAAGGAGUGUUUGUACAUAGAUAUCGAGAUGCAAUAGCUGAAAUUAGAGCUAUAUGCAUAGAAGAGAUUGGUGUUUGGAUGAAAAUGUAUAGCGAUGCCUUCUUAAAUGACAGCUAUUUAAAGUAUGUUGGAUGGACAAUGCAUGAUAAGCAAGGAGAAGUUCGGCUGAAAUGUCUGACAGCACUUCAAGGCCUUUAUUAUAAUAGAGAGUUGAACUCCAAACUAGAGCUGUUCACUAGUCGCUUUAAGGAUAGAAUUGUAUCAAUGACUCUUGAUAAGGAGUAUGAUGUAGCAGUGCAGGCAAUAAAGCUCUUAACUCUGGUUUUACAAAGUAGUGAUGAAGUUCUUACUGCUGAGGACUGUGAGAAUGUUUACCACCUGGUGUAUUCUGCACACCGACCAGUAGCUGUUGCAGCAGGGGAAUUUCUGUACAAAAAAUUGUUCAGCUGUCGGGAGCCUGAAGAUGAUGGCAUUUUAAAACGAAGGGGAAGGCUUAGCCCAAAUACCAAUCUUGUCAAGACAUUGGUCUUUUUCUUUUUAGAGAGUGAGUUGCAUGAACAUGCUGCAUACCUUGUAGACAGCAUGUGGGACUGUGCCACAGAAUUGCUAAAGGAUUGGGAGUGUAUGAAUAGCUUGCUGUUGGAUGACCCUUUAAAUGGCGAGGAGCCACUCACAGAUCGGCAAGAAAGUGCGCUAAUUGAAAUAAUGCUCUGUACAAUUCGACAAGCUGCUGAAUGCCAUCCUCCAGUUGGUAGAGGAACUGGGAAAAGGGUGUUGACUGCAAAGGAAAAGAAAGCCCAGUUAGAUGACAAAACACGGCUUACAGAGCUCUUUGCAGUAUCCCUUCCUCAGCUGUUGGCAAAAUAUUCAGUAGAUGCAGAAAAAGUGACGAAUCUUCUGCACCUACCGCAGUUUUUUGAUUUGGAAAUUUAUACAACGGGACGUUUGGAAAAGCAUUUAGAGUCAUUAUUGCGACAAAUACGGAAUAUUGUAGAAAAGCACACAGAUACAGAUGUUUUGGAAGCCUGUUCUAAAACCUACCAUGCACUUUGCAAUGAAGAGUUUACAAUAUAUAACAGAGUGGACAUUGCGAAGAGCCAGUUAAUUGAUGAACUGGCAGAUAAAUUCAAUCGCCUUCUUGAGGACUUCUUGCAAGAGGAAGAGGAGCCAGAUGAAGAGGACGCAUACCAAGUGCUGUCCACACUAAAGCGAAUAACUGCUUUCCACAACGCACAUGACCUCUCUAGAUGGGAUCUAUUCACCAGCAAUUACAAGCUAUUGAAAAAUGGUAUAGAAAAUGGAGAUAUGCCUGAGCAGAUUGUCAUUCAUGCUUUACAGUGCACUCAUUAUGUGAUUCUCUGGCAACUGGCAAAGGUAUCAGAGACUGGUUUAACAAAGGAAGAGUUGAUCACUUUGAAGAGGCAAAUGAGAGUAUUUUGUCAAAUAUGUCAACAUUACCUUACUAAUGUGCACACUGCUGUUAAAGAACAGGCAUUCACUAUUCUCUGUGAUGUGCUAAUGAUCUUUAGCCAUCAGAUUGUGCAUGGAGGUCGAGAAAUGCUGGAACCUCUAGUGUAUUCACCAGAUUCAUCGCUGCAGUCAGAGCUGCUCAGCUUUAUUUUGGAUCAUGUCUUCAUUGACCAGGAUGAUGAUAACAGCAGUUCAGAUGGUCAGCAGGACGAUGAAGCCAGUAAAAUUGAAGCAUUGCACAAAAGAAGAAAUUUGCUUGCAGCUUUCUGUAAACUCAUAGUAUAUAAUGUAGUUGAGAUGAACACUGCUGCGGACAUCUUCAAACAGUACAUGAGGUAUUACAAUGAUUAUGGGGACAUCAUCAAAGAAACAAUGAGUAAAACACGGCAGAUCGAUAAGAUUCAGUGUGCAAAAACACUUAUACUUAGUUUACAACAGCUUUUCAAUGAGAUGAUCCAGGAGCAUAGUUAUAACUUUGAUCGAUCAUCACCAACGUUCAGUGGUAUAAAAGAGCUUGCAAGACGUUUUGCUUUAACCUUUGGACUCGAUCAGCUUAAAACAAGAGAAGCCAUUGCAAUGUUGCACAAGGAUGGUAUUGAAUUUGCCUUUAAAGAGCCAAGCCCACAAGGAGAAGUUCAUCCACCACUAAACAUGGCCUUCCUUGAUAUUUUGAGUGAGUUCUCUUCAAAGCUGUUAAGACAGGACAAGAAAACAGUAUACGCGUACCUGGAAAAGUUCAUGACAUUUCAAAUGUCCCUUCGACGAGAAGAUGUCUGGUUACCACUUAUGUCUUACCGAAACUCCUUAUUAGCUGGAGGUGACGAUGACACUUUAUCUGUCAUGAGUGGAAUGAGUGGUCGUGGUGGUUCUCUGAGGAGUAAAAAAGCAAAACCAGCAACCGCCAAGCGGAAAUUACCAGAAGCUGAAGAGAGUAGUAGCAGUGAUAGCAUGUGGCUAAGUCGGGAGCAGUCGAUGAAUACUCCAGUCAUGAUGCAAGCACCACAGCUCACGUCCACGAUUAUGAGAGAUCCCAAGAGAUUAAGGCCGGAAGAGAGUUAUAUGCCAGUUUAUCCGAUGCAGCAUGAGCACCACCAACACCCUAUUGAUUACAAUACGCAGGUAACGUGGAUGCUUGCUCAGCGACAGCAGGAAGAAGCUGCAAGGCAACAGCAAGAGAGAGCAGCUAUGAACUUUGUGAAGUUGAGGACUAAUCUACAGCAUGCCAUACGGCGCAAUCCAGGUUUAAUGGAAGAUGAUGAAGAGCCUAUUGUUGAGGAUGUCAUGAUGUCUUCAGAGGGGAGAAUUGAAGAUCUUAAUGAGGGCAUGGACUUUGACACAAUGGAUAUAGACUUGCCUCCAUCUAAAAACAGGAGAGAGAGAACAGAACUUAAACCUGAUUUCUUUGAUCCUGCGUCAAUCAUGGAUGAAUCUGUUCUUGGGGUAUCAAUGUUUUAAUACCAGUUCAUCUAUCAACUCUGUGGUGAAGUGUUUUUUUUAAAUGGAAGAGGAAGUUUUUAAUGACAAAUUUGUGGUAGAUACAUUAAAAUUCUGUACAGAAUUUUCUCUAAGGAGAAUUUGACAUGCUUACCAAGAUUAAGUGCAUUGAAGGGCAGUUUUGAAUGCCUGAAAAAAUAUAAAGGACAAGUAAACAGUUUGAAAAUAAGCUACAUUGUACCAUUUUGGAGAAAAUAAUUUUUUUAUUUAUGUAUUUUAAUUUGUCCAGUUAUAAUGCAUAGUUAUACCAUUUUUUUUUAAAUAAUCAAACUCCCAUUAAUGAAUAAUGUUUGUUCUCUUAACUCCAAACAAGAGCUGAAAUCAUAGCAUUUAUAUUUAUAAUUCAGUAUGGUUAUGUAUUAGUUUCUUGUAUUUUGCAAAAUGUAUAAACUCACAAAUUAGACUGAUCGAAUUCUUCUUUUUUUUUUUUUUACUUUUUUUUUUAAAGAUAUCAGUAGCCAAGACAUGUUCAUGUUAUUUUAAUAAAGGAGCCUUACACAUUGCCUUUGUCCCCCCCCCCCCCCCCCAAAAAAAAACUGUCAGUGGGCAAUUUGCUCUAAGGAUAUCCAAACAUAACCACGCUUGCUCAUUAAUGACCUUUAAAGUUUGCUUGUCCUUUACCAAACUUGUAAUGUUGUGAAAUUCCUUCCAGUAGUGCCACUGUAUUUUGUCUCCAAAUAAAGAGAAGCUUAUUGUAGUAUGUUUGCAUAAAAAAAAAAAAAAAAAAAAAACUUUAAACAGAAAUUAUACAGCUUAUUAGAGUGUUGGGAAUAGGGUUCUAAAUUUUAAAUAAAAUGAUAUAUAAAUAUAUAUAUAUAAAUUGGUGCUGAUUUUAUAAUUGCGCAAUUUGUUUAGUUUUUUCUUACUUUUAAAUUCCAACUUAAAUUGAGGUUUCAGAAAUAUAUUGAAAGUUUUAACAAUGUUUAAAAAAUAGUUGAAGCGGUAAUAAUCGCUUUGAAAUGAUUUUUAAAUUUGUAUUUUAUAUUGUUUUAUCUAUUUGUCUUUGCAAGCAGUCUUCAGGUUAAGUAUACUUCCAGCAGGUUACAGUACAUUUCCUGUAUUUUUAAAUUAGUUGAGAAACUAAGCAACACAUGGCUUUAUUCUAUAAAAGCUUUGAUCUACUCUUCAUCCUUCACAGCCAGUUGUCAAUAUUUGCCAUCCACCCCAACUCAUUUUGCCCAGCUUAGGCAGCUAGACAUAAAAAGUAAAAAUUUUAAGUUAUAUUUCAUGUGUAUAUUUUUUUUUUUUUUUUUUUGUCGGUUGUCUUCUUUUUUUUUUCCUCCUGAGGUUUAAGUCAUUCCAUGCCUUAUUUUUGCAAUACACAAACUUCUCUUGUGUAAAAAAAAAAAAAAAAACACAAAAAAAUACUGCUGUCAAAUUGUAAUUAUCACCUUUUAGGCUGAGGUAGCCAAAAACCAUAAAUUAACUAGAGACUUCUAAAAUAUAAGUUUUAAACCUCACAGUCUAACACAGAACCUGAUACGUCUUGAUUCAUGUUGCAUUAAUAAUCAUGUCUGAAAUGACUGCCUAUUCUUCCUUCACACCACUGCAUUUACUAGAACUGCUGAGAGGACUGUGUAUAUAUGAUUUUAAACUUAAGUCAGUUUCUUUCUUACUCUAGGCAGAGUAUAUCUUUGUGAAAGCAGUUCUUACAGCUUUGUUUUCAACCAGCUAAAAUGUUUUAUAUAUUUACCUAACCUGUUGUCCUCCACAUUCUAUUGUCCUCUGUACUGUUUUCUGAUUUGUAUUUAUGUCUUGAGACAGUAACUUUUUGAAUAAAAAUAAACUACAGUAUAUGAUUAUGUUUUAA